UCACAAGUCACCUAUAUAAACGUCACAAGCAUCAAUCUGUCUUGCUACCACGCUAGCCAAAAAUCGAUUGAAAAAAGGUACCCCAAGAACCCAAAGUCACAAGACACUUUAGGCACUUCAUUCAGCUUCAAGAAAGCGGAGCAAUGGAGAUGGUGCCAUGGCUUCUCGGCUUCCUCGGCAGGUACCCGGAGCUCAUGGUGUCCCUCGCUUGCUUCCUCCUGCUGUUUCGUAGGCUGAACCAGCGGGACGGGCUGCCGACGAACUGGCCGGUGGUUGGCGCGCUCCCGGCGAUCACCGUCAAUGCCGGGCGCAUGCACGAGUGGGUGACGGAGUUCCUGCGCGCCGCGGGGCUGUCGUACGUCAUGAAGGGCCCGUGGGGAUCGCCGGUGGACGUGAUCAUGACGGCCGACCCGGCCAACGUGGCGCACGUGUUCACGUCCAACUUCGGCAACUACCCCAAGGGCCAGGAGUUCGCCGCGCUGUUCGACGUGCUCGGCGACGGCAUCUUCAACGCCGACGGCGAGUCGUGGGCGUUCCAGAGGCGCAAGGCGCACGCGCUGCUGUCGGACGCGCGGUUCCGCGCGGGGGUCGCCGCCAGCACCGCGCGCAAGCUCCGCGACGCUCUCGUGCCGCUCCUCGACGGCAUCGCCGCGUCGGGCGCGGUGGUGGACCUGCAGGACGUGUUCGUGCGCCUCACCUUCGAUCUCACCGCCAUGUUCGUGUUCGGCAUCGACCCCGGCUGCCUCGCCCCUGACUUCCCCUACGUCCCGUUCGCCGCCGCCAUGGACACCGUCGAGGAGGUCCUGUUCUACCGGCACGUCGCGCCCGUGCCGUGGCUGAUGCUCCAGAAGUACCUCAGGACUGGGCACAGCAAGAAGAUGUGGAACGCUCGACGGGUGCUCGACGCGUCCAUCGCCGAGUUCAUCUCGCUCCGGCGAGAGCGCGCCGCCGAGGCCGAGGCCGAGGCCGACCUGCUCACGUCGUACCUGGCGUGCCACGACGAGAUAGGCAAGUCCGGCGCCGAGCUCGAGCGGUUCUUGCGCGACACCACGCUUAACCUCAUGGUCGCCGGCCGGGACACGACGAGCUCGGCCUUGACGUGGUUCUUCUGGCUUCUGACCAAGCACCCGGACGUGGAGGCCAAGGUCCUCGAGGAGCUCCGCGCGCACCCGCCGUUGUCCGGCGCGGGAGGCCAUCGCACCGCGGCUGAGCUGAAGCAGCUGGUGUACCUGCACGCGGCGCUGUCGGAGUCGCUCCGGCUGUACCCGCCGGUGCCGUUCGAGCACAAGGCGGCGGCUCGGACGGACACGCUGCCGAGCGGCGCGCGCGUGGGGCCCUCCCGGCGUGUGAUCGUGUCGUUCUACUCGAUGGGGCGCAUGGAGGCGGUGUGGGGCAAGGACUGCUCGGAGUUCCGGCCGGAGAGGUGGCUGACCGCGGCGGGGCGGUUCCGGCACGAGCCGUCGUACAAGUUCGUGGCGUUCAACGUGGGGCCCCGGACGUGCCUCGGCAGGGACCUGGCGUACUCCCAGAUGAAGGCCGUGGUCGCCGCCGUGCUGCCGCGGUUCAGGGUGGAGGUGGACGCCGGCGCCGUGGUGCGGCCCAAGUUGUCCAUCAUACUCCACAUGAAGGACGGCCUCAAGGUGAGGGUGCACAAGAGAGAAGAAGAUGGCCUAUGUUAAGUGCAAUACUGCACUAAUCUUUGUUGCUAAUAAUAAUGUUGGUCGACUUGUACGUCGUCGUGUCAACUAUUCUCAAAACUCAAAAGCAUGCAUGAUAGUACGUGUAGAGUGCACAUUUGCAUUGCAGAUGUGUUGCAUGUGUGCCUCGAUCACAAGCUACGUGAUUGCUCCACCGAAUGCAUCGAGGCCCACCGUGUCCA